AUGGAUGAAAAUCAUUCUAAACAAUUGCCAUGGGGCCUUAAACAGACUGAUUUAGCCCCCAAUUCUUUAGAGAAAAUGUCACAAAGUAAGUUAAAAGCAUUCGAAUCAGGAACAUUUGGAGUCGGUGGUGUUAAAAAUGUCGCUAAAAAUAAGAAAGAACAAUUGGAAGCAAAGAAAAAGAUGGAUGAGGAAGCUGCAGCUGAAGCUUAUGCCAGCUUUAUUUCGUCCUUUAAUGAAUCAAACUCUCAGGUCAAAACUUUUGUUAAGGGCGGUACUAGCAACACGAGCAAAAAAGAUGAAGAAACUAAAAAUAAGCAAUAUAAAACACCAAAAUUAGAAGCAAUGUUAAAAAAGUCAACACCUGUGUCUGCUCCUGAACCAUCUCCUAAUAAGACGGUUGCUAUUAGUAAGAAAAAAGAAAAAGAAAAGAAAAAAAGUAAUUUGGAAUUGUUUAAGGAAGAACUUAAAAGGGCUCAGCAGGAGCGUGAAAUUCGUCACAAAGUCAGAAAGGAAAUCUCUUCUACUUCAUCUACAUCGGAUCCAGUUGUCAAAGAGGAAAUUCCAGGAUAUGGUUCUUAUGAUACCGGAGACCCUAAUACCACAAAUCUCUACGUCGGCAACUUAAAUCCAUCUAUUGAUGAGGAUUAUUUAUGCAAAUUAUUUGGCGAGUACGGUGCACUUGCCAGCGUCAAAAUUAUGUGGCCAAGAACUGACGAAGAAAAGAAGCGUAAUCGGAAUUGUGGUUUUGUUGCCUUUAUGACUAGAACCGAUGGAGAUAAAGCUCUACGUGCGCUAAAUGGGAAGGAAAUUAUGGAGUACGAAUUGCAUGUUGGAUGGGGAAAAGCUGUGCCUGUACCUCCUCAUCCUAUUUAUAUCCCAGCACAUUUAAGAGGAGAUAACAAAGAUAUCCCUCCGCCUCCUACUGGUUUGCCGUUUAAUGCUCAAGUUAAUAAAGUUAAGGAUGAUAAAGGCAAUUUGAGUAAACCUCCACCUGGUGAAAAUCAGCAAGACAUGCCCUUUGAUCCUCAAUCUGAAAAUAAAUUAACCAAUACUGUUGUAAUAGUAGUGAAACCAACAGAUAAGGAACUACUAAGACUAAUUCAUCGAACAGUUUAUUUUGUAAUGCGUUAUGGUCCUAUGUUUGAAGCAUUACUUAUGGGCCGUGAAACAACUAAUCCACAGUUUAGAUUUUUAUUCGAUAAUCAAAACCCUUCCCAUGUAUAUUAUCGCUGGAAGUUGUUCUCAUUAUUACAGGGAGACCAUCCUUACAAGUGGAAAACUGACGAUUUCAGAAUGUUUAAGGCGGGUUCAUGGUGGAGACCACCACCUUUACCUCCUAAGCCGAAAGAAAAGCCCGUGACUGAGUCAAAGAAAGGCUUACUCAGUAGUAGGAGACGAGAAAAAUUAAUUAAAAUGCUGAAGGCAUUGACAUGCGAUAAAGAUAGUAUUGCAAAUGCAAUGGUAUUUUGUUUAGAAAAUGCGGUUGGUGCUGAAGAGAUCGUAGACUUUAUAGCAGACUCUUUGGCCAUUCUUUCUAUUCCUCCAAACUCCAAAGCCGCCAGAAUAUACCUUAUUUCCGAUAUUUUGUACAAUUGCGCUGCCAAAGUACCUCAUGCUUCUGAUUAUAGGAAAUUUUUCGAAAAUAAAUUACCAGAAAUCUUUUUAAAUUUAAAUAAAACUUAUGAAGCUAUAACAGGAAGAAUGAGAGCGGAACAAUUUAAAAAACGAAUUAUGAUGUGUCUUAGAGCCUGGGAAGGAUGGGUUAUUUAUCCGUUCGAAUUUAUAUCAACGCUUCAAGAGAGCUUUUUAGGUUCUGUGAAAACGCAAGAUCAGGAAGAAACUUCGCAUUUUAGAUCUUCCUUCGCCGCAGUUGAUGAUAGCCUGACAAAGGCUGAGGAGGAUAUUGACGGUAUUCCUCUGGAUACUUCCUUAGACGGAGUACCAAUGGAUAGUGAUUUAGACGGUGUGCCAUUACAAGAUGAUACUAUAAGCUAUGAAAACUCAUCAAAAGGAUAUGAAUCUGUCAUCAGCUUGGAUUCUAAGUGGGAGCGUGGAGAUUUUAGUAGUAAUACACCAGAUCGUAAGGAAAUUGAUAGUAAUACAGGUCGUCCUGGUACUACUUCAUCCGUUAAAGGCGACCAAGGUCAAGAGGGAAGCAAACUAUCGACAUCUUUUGGAGAUGACGAAUUUAGGAGAAGAUUACGCGAGAUUGAAGUUAAAAUCAUGGAUUAUCGGUCAGAUUUAGAAAGUGGUCGACGUCACAGACAAAAAGGAUUGACAAUUGAACAACAAUGUGAUCAGUACCGCGAUCAACUGAAACAGGAAAUUGGUCAUAAAAAGAAAAGGCUUGGCGAUUCUCGUUCACCCGAUAUAUCAAAUUCACGAAGCCCGCGAUCACAUUCUAAACGCGCAAGAUCGAGAUCGAGAUCGCCUUAUUCUGACUAUCGUCGCCAACGUACCUCAAGUAGAAGCAGUAGAUAUCACUGA